CUCGUCGGUUGCAGCUUGCUAGCACUAGCACCGGGAACCCAGUCGCGGGGAGCAGGGCUAGGUGGACAGAUCCUGGAUCCACAUGGCUCAGUAGAGGAUGAAGCCCAACCCAGCAGGCUCCUCCUCAGAGGCCUGCAAAGCUGCAGGCCAAGCACCACAGCAGAAGAUUCAGGCCACACCUAUGGAGGCCCCUAGGCAGAAGGUUCUGGUAACUGGAGGAGGAGGCUACCUGGGCUUUAGUCUGGGUUCCAGCCUGGCCAAAAGUGGCACUUCUGUCAUCCUGCUUGACCUCCGAAGACCCCAGUGGGAGCUGUCUCCAGGGACUGAGUUCAUCCAGGCUGAUGUCCGAGAUGAGGAAGCCCUGCUCCAUGCCUUCAAAGGAGUGGACUGUGUCUUCCAUGUGGCCUCCCAUGGAAUGUCUGGUGCUGAGAAGCUUCAAAAAGAGCAGAUUGAGUCUAUAAAUGUUGGUGGCACCAAACUGGUGAUCGAUGUUUGUGUCCGCCAGCGGGUUCCAAGGCUUGUCUAUACCAGCACCGUCAAUGUUGCUUUUGGUGGGAAGCCCAUAGAAGAGGGCGAUGAGGACUCUGUGCCAUACUUCCCUCUGGAGAAGCACAUGGACCACUACUCCCGAACCAAAGCCAUUGCUGACCAGUUGACUCUCGUGGCCAAUGGAACACCUCUCCCAGGAGGAGGCACUCUGCGGACAUGUGUGCUCCGGCCCCCAGGGAUCUACGGCCCUGAAGAGCAGAGGCACCUGCCCCGUGUGGCGAGCCACAUCAAGAAGAGACUGUUCAUGUUCCGAUUUGGGGACCGCAAGACAAGGAUGAACUGGGUGCAUGUGCACAAUCUGGUGCAGGCACACGUGCUGGCAGCUGAGGCCCUCACCUCUGCCAAGGGCUAUGUAGCCAGCGGUCAGGCAUACUACAUCAACGACGGGGAGAGCGUCAACCUCUUUGAGUGGAUGGCCCCACUGUUUGAGAAGCUGGGGUACAGCCAGCCGUGGAUCCAGGUGCCUACUUCCUGGGUUUACCUGACAGCCACGGUGAUGGAGUACCUGCACCUGGCCCUGAGGCCCAUCUGCAGCAUCCCACCACUGCUCACCCGGAGUGAGGUGCACAGUGUGGCUGUGACGCACACCUUCCAGAUCGCUAAGGCCCGCUCCCAGCUCGGCUACGUGCCAGACAAGUUCAACUUCGCCGACGCUGUGGAGCAAUACGUACAGUCCACGGCAGGACGGCCCCGCGGCUCCACGGCGCCGUUGCUCCUGUGGCUGCUGCUCGGGCUGUUGCUGCUCCUGGGCCUGCUCGCCCUUGUCCUGCGCUUCCUAGGCGGUCAGCCCAGUGUCUGACCGUCCACCCUAGAGAGCCCGGCUGUGAACCCACCCAGUCGGCACUCAGGGUGUAGGCGAAGUCCCUCCCUCAUCACAGGAACCAUGGCCAUGCUGCUGCCCAUCUUCUGGGUCUCAGUCCUGCUUCUCCCUCUGGCCUGGCCGGGUUAGUGAUGAGGUCCUAGCCUUAGGCCUGCUCCCUCUAACGGUCCUCCCCACCUCUGUCCAAUCCUGGGUUGCCCCCAGAUUCUCCCCGGCUCGGGCUCCUUCUUUUCCUGGGCUUACCGGCGCACCCGAGCCCACCGCUUCGUUGCCCCGCCCUCUGGGUCUGGUCACUCCCUUCUCCCACGUGCCCCAUCCUGGCCCACCCCUUCCGCUCUGCUUUCGCCUGGUAGGCCUGCCAUCUAAGGGAGCUCCGGGAGCCUGGCCUUGGUAGACUCUAGUGGCUAGUGCAAGUGGGGCAGUUGUCCAGUUUUCUUGUCUGCUGCAGCCUCCUUAUGGACACUGGACCCUCCUCGCUAGCCGGAGCCUCUGGAUCAUUCAGCCUAGUAAGCACAGC